UGGCUCGUGCACUUCUCCGCCCGGGGGCUCUCGGGCUGGAGCCGCGGCCGUUCCCUUUGUUGAGGCUGCUUCGGAAACGGCAGUGGCUGUUUUCCUUCUAGACACAACACGAGGGGCUGUUGUGGGGAGGCAAGCUCUCCACGCUGCUGGCACGUUGUCAAGGAGCACGCUCGGCGCCGUGUGCGCCUCCAACUUUCAUUGUCUCUGCCGACACCCCACGCUCCGCCCGGCCGCCGCGUGGCUUCUCGCUCCUUCUCGGGGGCGUGGGCGUGGGGUCCGGGCCGGGGAACCCCGCGCCUCGCUUUUCCGGGCGGGGACCCCGGGCGAUCGGGGCUGCCGGGCUGCCGCGCCUUUGUCUGAAAGUUGGGCUCGGGGGCUCCCCGCUCCGCCCGGCCGGGCACUCCGCUUUUGGGACGGGGAGCUUUGACGGCCGAAGGAACGGGAUUGAGCCCCACAUCCCCUUGGGGUGUAAACACCUUUGGAAAGCUAGACUUUUUAAAAACAAUUUUUCAGUCUCUAAAACUUUUCCCAGGAUGACUUUGGGGCGAGAUGAAGAGUUAGGACACAGGGCCAAUGAGCAUCAAGUGGCAUGCAGUGAAAAUGUGUCCGAAUGUGACAAACAGGCUUGGUUGUAAGUGCAAAGAGCCAGGCUGUCAUUGUUUCUACAAAGCGUCCUGGAAGCUUUACAACUAAAACUUGCCGUCAGUCUGGUCUAAAAACAAAAUAACACGCGGGGGAAAAACACACACACACCACCCUGAAAGGUCAAAGAAUGUGAAGUCCCUUUAGAAGUUAAUUUCUGAGUCCCUGACUGGGAGGUCCCCCGAGUGUUCCGUCGUGGGCCGGAGUUGCCUUUUCUGUUGUGAUUUAUGUGGAGUGGUUCAAAACAGAAGUUAAUCGCUCGGGGAAGCGGGCGGUGCGACUGCGCAUGCCCGGGGCGUCCCGGAGUUUGUAACUCCGCAUUCUUUCGGAGCGGCGGGCCGCGCUCCGCCCGCGAGGGGGCUCGCGUGGGGCCCCGAGGCCUUCUGCGUUCCGGGUGAUCCGUGGGGGGAGCCCGGGGGCGCGCGGAGCCUCUCUUUCCCGUCCCCCGGGCCUUCCCAGCGAGAGUGAAAUUAAACGUGAAAACCCGGGUCACUUGGUAGUAGUUAGUGGAACUCCCUGCACACCCCUCCCCAUGGGAUGUGUGACUUGGGUCUGGGACAACACGCGCGGGGAGCGUCCGCGGCGCCUCGUGAAAGCUGUGUGGACCUCGGAAGGAUUGACAGGUGUCGUUGCAGUGUCCGGCAGUGAGACCGAGGAUGAGGACAGCAUGGACAUCCCCCUGGACCUUUCUUCCUCAGCUGGUUCAGGCAAGAGAAGGAGAAGGGGCAACCUGCCCAAGGAGUCCGUUCAGAUCCUCCGGGAUUGGCUGUAUGAGCACCGGUACAAUGCCUACCCCUCAGAGCAAGAAAAAGCUUUGCUGUCCCAGCAGACACACCUGUCUACACUGCAGGUCUGUAACUGGUUCAUCAACGCCCGCCGCAGGCUCCUCCCUGACAUGCUGAGAAAGGAUGGCAAAGAUCCAAAUCAGUUCACAAUUUCCCGCCGUGGGGCCAAGAUUUCUGAAACCAGCUCUGUGGAGUCAGUAAUGGGCAUCAAAAACUUCAUGCCGGCUCUAGAAGAGACCCCAUUUCAUUCCUGUAUAGCUGGGCCAAACCCAACCCUCGGGAGGCCACUGUCUCCUAAGCCAGCGUCCCCAGGAUCCAUUCUGGCCCGUCCAUCAGUGAUCUGCCAUACCACUGUGACUGCAUUGAAGGAUGUCCCUUUCUCUCUCUGCCAGUCGGUUGGCGUGGGACAAAACACAGACAUACAGCAGAUCGCAGCCAGCAACUUGACAGACAGCUCUCUCACGUACCCCGAGGACACGUGUAAAUCGGGACCAAGCACAAACACGCAGAGUGGUCUUUUCAACACUCCUCCCCCUACUCCACCGGACCUCAACCAGGAUUUUAGUGGAUUUCAGCUUCUAGUGGAUGUUGCACUCAAACGCGCUGCGGAGAUGGAGCUUCAGGCAAAACUUACGGCUUAACUCUUUGUCAAGCGAAACAGUUCUCAGAAAUGUCAUGAUUGCCGGGGUGAUGGCAAGCGAUGAAUUGCAUUAUUUUAUAUAUUUUUUUAUUAAUAUUUGCACAUGGGAUUGCUAAAAUGAAGCUUCCUGUUACUGAGUGUCUUCAAUGGAAUACAGUCAUUCCAAGAACUAUAAACUCAAAGCUACUGUAGAAACAAAGGGUUUUCUUUUUUAAAUGUUUCUUGGUAGAUUAUUCAUAAUGUGAGAUGGUUCCCAAUAUCAUGUGAUUUUUCCCUCCCUCCCCUUUUUUGUUGGUGUUUUUUUUUCCAGACUGUGCAAUACUUAGAGAACCUAUAGCAUCUUCUCAUUCCCAUGUGGAACAGGAUGCCCACAUACUGUCUAAUUAAUAAAUUUUCAAUUUUUUUUCCAAACAGGUUUGAAUCUAGUUGAUUGAUGCCUUUUUUCAUGACAUAAUAAAGUAUUUUCUUUAAAA